AAGAUUACCAAUAAGAUGGGAAGCAAAGCUGUUGUCUCAGUCUACUUAAUUAUUUCACUGUGUGCUGCCAUCUUUGUCACUCGUGGAGUAGCUCAAAUGCAAAAUCCGCAGGCGAUUCCAGGACUUUUUCCACCUGGCUUAGUACCUAUUGAUCUCGUCAAAUGUUGGUCGUCUCUCUUUACCGUCCAAGGAUGUGUCUUGGCAAUCUCCAACUCAUUUUUUUCUGGAAAAAUUGAAAACGUUGAAGCGGCAUGCUGCAAGGUGUUUUCAACUUUAGAUGCAAACUGUUGGCCUCAUAUGUUUCCUUUGAAUCCUUUCUUCCCUCCUCUCCUCAAGGACAAUUGUGCGCGUAUCAUCCCUAACUCCCCUGCACACAACUGAAAGGAACAAUGAUUGUUCAUCUACAGUUUUAGACUAGUAUAUUAGCUUCAAUGUCUAAGUUUUUCAUGUGUGAACUCAAUUAUUAGGAGAGCCCUAUAUUUACCUUUUCCUCAAUAAAGUGAAAAUUUAGCAAUAUCUACAACUUUUGUCAAUGUGUCUUGGUCACAUUAUAGUUAUAUAAUUACAAAUACAUCACCGAAAAUGGGUUUGUUAUCUAUCUUCAGUUGGCUAACCAUGUAAAAUAAUAUAUCGGAAAUUAAAAAUCACAAAACACGACUCGAACAAAGAUUGAAAAAUCAAACAAAGAGCGUUCAGAUAAAUUGACGCAAAAGGGAUUUAGAAGUCUCAAAACGUCGAAAAAUAUGUCUUAAUCGGCCUUUCUCGUCAGUUUAUGCAAGGGCAAGAAAAGAUAACACAUAACUCUAAAUUAAGGCUGUUAAUUUUAAAUGGUUUGAAUUUCACCCUAAGAUUUCUUGGUCAUAGAACCUUUAGAUAUUCAAAACGAAAAAUCUGCUAAAAAUAAGAAAGAUAUAACAACACAUAAGGAUAAAAGACAACUUUAGUUUGUUAUCUUACAUGUACAUAUAUAAACUAUGAGUUUUAUUACAAUACUGAUACGAAACAGUGGGAAAAGGAUAAAUAAUUUUUUUAUUGAACUCACAAGCAUAAUAUUAAGUUCCCAUUCGUCUAGCUUUGUUAUUUCUUUUUAUUCCCGGGACAGUUACUUCCUUUUUCUCGUCCUAUCAUCAUAUUCUUCAUUACAUUAGCCAUGCAAAUACAACAAGAAAAUUAUGGCAACAAAGCCUUGGUACUCUAUUUAAUUUUAACCAAAUUCUUCAGUGCCAUUACAGCGUGCAUCAACAUCUGCUUAACUUCCAUAAAACAUUACGACCUUACUUAUAUAGAUUCUCAAUACCUACUUAUUACAACCUACUUGUCCUGAUGUCCCUCGAACAAAAAUUUACUCACCAUAAGAAAAUUAGAAACCGGCUGCUAUUUUACAUGCGGUUUUCCUUUGAUGAUAUAGUCAAGGUUAAUCAUCUUAAGGCUGAGACACAUUCACAGAUGUUAAAACAAAUAUCAAAAACAAUAGAAAAUAGUGGGGGUCAAAAGAAACUUUCAAUCUUCUGUUUGAUAACGUAAAUAUGAACAUACUGUAGUUAUAUUGGUCAACUCAACUUCAUGAAAGAAAGUGUAACUCAAAAUACAUUAACCUAAACAUGAGUUUCAUUUUGAAAGAAAUUCUAAAACUGAUACCGUACAUUCUCUUUAAUUUAUAUGAUAAAAUCUUGUAUCCUCACCCUAUAUAUUCUUAGUAUCUGUUCAUAUCAAAAUCCAUCCCAGCUUUUAAGCAUAGACGAAAUAAAAAGGACA